GCCAUUUCUCUGCCCCUCAUGAAAAACAUACAGGGGAUGGUGUGUGUCCGUCAUGCACAAGAAGUAACCUGACGUGUGGGGAUGAUGACUUAAGCACCAAAUCUGUCUCUCUCUCUUUUCUCUCUGUCUGUCUUUCCUCCAUUUGGCUUUUUUUUUGCUUCUGUGUCAACCAUGGAGGAAGAUCAACAAGGAGGCAGCUGCGAUGUUGCAACAAUGCACGUGAAAACUGAAGCGGUCGAUGAAAAUGCAUCUGCGCUGGUUUUGGGCAGUCAGGAGUCGCCUGCGCCCUGCGGUGAUACCGCAUGCAGAGGAGGAGGAGGAGGAGUGGAUCAGACUGCAGAGGUGCUAGGUGACACAGAGCUGCAAGCAGCCACCUCAACUACUCCUGUACUGCUGUAUCCUGUGAGCACUGACCGUUUCUUCACCACAUCAGGGGAUGGAAAAACCUACCUGAAGAUAGCUCCAGCUUCAGUGAUGCCACCUGCUCCUUCAGAGAAGACGCUUCCCUCUGGUUCUGAUUUCUCUUCCAAAGCUGUUCUGUGUCUGAUCGAGGCUGUCGGGCGCCGCUGGGGCCUGUAUGAGACUCGGGAACGGUCACAGCUCUUCCAAAGCGUCCAGGAGGAGAUGGCCUCCAAGGGGCAUGUGCUUCCUGUUGAAAAGAUACGUCGCAAGUGGAACAACCUCAUUGUCACGUACAAGAGGGUGAAAGACCGCAGCCGCGAGACUGGACAUGCUAAAACAACCUGGGAGUUCUUUGAUUUAAUGGAUGCCACCCUUUGUGACACUGUUGGCACCCAGAUUACCAACAACAAAAGAACCAAAGGUAGCAGUUCUGUCUCUGCACUGCCUGGUCCCUUGGCAAAGAUCGCUGCAAAACCACAAGUCCCGCAGUCCACCACAAUCAUCCGCCAUAAUGGUGACUUUGCCACAACAGCUGGUGUGGAAUCAAUGGGCCAGGUUGCUGCCAGUGGUCAGAUCAUCAGUAGUGCUUCUGCCAUAACCUCAAUGUCUACGGCAACCGUUAGCCCAACAAAUGCUCCAGAGAUCAAGCCCCUGAUUGUCCUGAACAGUGACAUUGUUACAACCAGUAUUCAUCCAGCCACCAUUGUGCCAUCUCCCUCUUUUAUCUCCUCACCUUGUUUUACAGAAACAGCCUCAACUUCCCCUUCUCUUGGGCCAACCUGUAACACGGACCUUAACACAUCCCGCUUCGUAAGCCAUAAAGCUCCAUCCUUCUCAUCAGGUGUUGUACCCUUUCGCCUUAGCAACACCCAGAACCUCCUUGGUCUCUCCUCCUCUUUCCCCCCUACACCCUCCUGUCUCACGUCUUCCAAUUCCACCUCAUUAUCUUCAACAACCAUGACAGGAACAGAAAUACAGAACCAGAAAGGAAAUGAGGAGCACAGCAGCAACACGUUGUUCCAGGAGGUUUUGAAGCGACAGGAGGAGCAAUCCUACCUGGAUCGAGUAACUCGCCGCCGGGUUGAAGCCAGAGAAAAGAGGCGCGAGAGGAGGGAGGUGCGGAUGGCAGAGUCCCUUGGCAGGAUAGCCACAGCCUUGGAGCUGCUCUCAUCCAAACAGGAUACAGUCAUCGCCCUCCUCCAGAGACUGGCGGAUCGGAAAUGACGCUUUUUAAACCAUUCUCCCAUCCUGACAUUGUGAUUAUGAACACUCCUGAUAUAUGGUGACCAGCCUGAGUGUUAUAUCUUGUUGGGUUUUUACAAGCCACAGUGC